CAUAUUGGCCAACUUCCACUCCACUAGAGGAAGAUCAUUUUGAGAACAAGAAAGGGCAGCAACGCUAAGAGUUGCAUGCCAGCCACCUUACAAUAAGUGCAGCUCUGACAUUGUGUACAUAUUUCCGUACACAUUUGUUACUGUAUUUUUUUUGUGUGUGUGUGGUACUCUGACCUCAGUGCAGGUGAUGUGCGAGUGGUGCUGGUAGGGCCUUGGUGGUGUAGUGACAAGGUAGAGAUGGAGGAAGAUCAAGGUCAAGACAAGGACCCCUCCCAAGCCUCAGAUGUGAAGAGGCUCUCGCAGAAAUCUGACACCAAGCGAUACAGUGAAAUCUUACGAGACUUUGAUAACUUUGAACUGUCCUUGUUCUGUCCUUCUGUGGAUGAGCUGUUGCCAGGCUCACAGUCCACCAUCUCUGGAGAAACCACAGAGGCCACAGAGCAGCACGAUGUGUUGCAGUGUGAAGAUGCCUUUUGUUCGCCAGUGCGCCCUGAUUCUGCAGAAAUAAAUGGAAAUUUAUCAGCCCAGGAAGCUGACCUGGCCCUCUGUCGCUGUGAGGAUGGAGUGGAGACGGCCCUGCAGUACGCCAAGCUGUGGUGCCGUUAUGCCAAGGACCUCUUGGCCUGGAUGGAGAAGAGACUCAGCCUGGAGCAGGAAUUUGCAAAAAACAUAAUGAAGGCAGCUGAGGGAGCAAGGUCCUGUGUGACCCAGCAGGAAAUGAUGCCCCUACAGUACAUCUACACCAUGGCUCUGGAACAAGACAUCAAGAACAGUGUGUCCUCUAAACAGACUCAGGAACUGCUGCACCACCGCUGUUACCAAGCCUUGGCUGCAAAGAGAAAUGAGAUUGACAAGUGGCGCAGAGAGUUUAAGGAGCAGUGGGCAAGACAGCAAAGACGGAUGAAUGAUACGGUGACAGCUCUGAAGAAGGCUCGGCAGCAGUACAUCCAACGCUGUGAAGAGCUGGAGAAACUUAAGGCCGUCACCGCCAAGGCUGCAGAUGACACAACCGGGUACAAAACACUGGACAAGAGGAGGAAGUCCAGGGAUGAAGCCCAGACCAAGGUGACGGAGUCAGAGAUGCUGUACAAACAAUGUGUGCACGACGCCCGGCUCCAACAGGAUGAGCUGGUGAAGGCCAAGGAGAGAAUUAUUUCCCACAUCCGCAAGCUCAUCUGUCAGGGAGACAACGUGCUCAAGGAGGCCACAGUCAACAUGUUCUACUACCAGCGGCAGCACACAGAGGCCAUCCCACUGGGCUACCACAACCUGGAGCUGACCUGCAGGCCCAUGGAGCCCGGAGAACCUUACAUCCUUUACAUCUUCAGCAAGCAGCGCCAGGAGCAGCCACUCCAAACCUUCACCUUCCAGGAGUUUGUCCCUCAGGGGAAAGGGCCUGAAAAACACAAACGAAAAACCAGCAACCCUCUCAGUUCUCUUCAGGACUCUUUUAAUCUGCAAGAUGACAGCGUGGGUCGACGGAACGAUGGAAGAAAAACAGGUUACAGUGACUGUGAUAGUAUUGGAGGCAGUAUGGAGUCGCUGUCAAGCCCUGCUCACAGUAAUAGAAGGCUGCCCAAAGCCCCAUCCACCGGGACAAUGUCAUCAGAGGACCUGGACGACAGGGACAGGGACAUGGCGACAGUGUUGGAAUCAGACUACACAGAUUCUGCGGUAGAGGGGAACGGGUCAGCAGUCAAAGCGCGCAUGCCUUCGCGAGCUGCACUGACACACCGACUCAGAAAGACAAAGAGCAAGAUGGUCAAGUGCAAGCAGUGUGACAACUACAUUGUGGUCAAUGGGAUCGAGUGUGAGGAGUGUGGGCUGGCCUUCCACAGGAAGUGUCUCGAUGUGUGUCAAGUGGAGUGUGAGCACAGGAAGGGGAUUUUGUUCGGGGUGGGCCUCUCUCUGCUGCCGUGGGACAGGCCAGACGAGGUGCCCUUUGUGGUGCUGCGCUGCACAACGGAGAUUGAGAGUCGUGCCCUCUCUGUCCAGGGAGUGUAUCGUGUGAGCGGGUCCAAGCCUCGCAUUCAGAAACUUUGUCAGGCCUUUGAGACUCAGAGGGAGCAGGUGGACCUCUCUGACCUUUCACCACAUGACAUCACCUCUGUCCUUAAGCACUUUUUCAAGGAGCUCCCAGAGCCCCUGAUAACGUUUGACCUGUACAAUGAUUUCAUCGCGAUGGGCAAGGCCAUCCAACACCUGAAUGAAAAGGAGCACACAGCAGAGACUGCUGCGAUGACAAAUGACAACAUUCACAACCUGCGGGAGCUGCUGGAGAAACUCCCACCAAAUCGCUACAGCACUUUGAAGCACAUGAUGUGUCACCUUCACAGAGUUUCAGAAAAUUAUGAGGAGAACAAGAUGUCCCCUGGGAACUUGGGGAUCGUGUUCGGGCCAACGCUGUUGCGCCCUCUGUUGUCAGUGGACAUGUCUAUGAUCGCCCUGCUGGAGACCAGCUACCAGGCCGUACUGGUUGAGUUCCUCAUCACACACUGUGACCAGAUUUUUAACCUCCAGCAGAGACCCAGCACGCCCCCUCCUCCAGCACCCACUGCACCACUUCCAGAAACCCCUCCCCGGGCCUCCUGUCCACUCAGUGAGGAGACGUCCACCACACAGGACCGUGGAGCUUCGUCCAAAGAGCGCCCGCACUCAGUGGAGAGUCGAACAAUCAAGAGAGACUCAAGCGAGGGUUAUAUAUCUGACAAGUCUUCAUCCAAUGAAGCUGUGGACCAGCUCAGCCCUGAGGCCAAUGAGAGAGCAGUCCUGGCUAUGAGGGGGGCAGCUAAGGCUCCUCAACAUGAGCUGGGGGAGCAGCCAGACUCUGCUUUAGGGACCCAGCCACCGUAUCGCUUCACCAGACAGCCUGUGAAGUAUCUCAGACAUCAAACCUCAGGAAACCGACUCUGCCACCCUGGACCUGGGUCUGCACAACCUGGGACUGCAGCAAGGACCCGUCCUGGGAGUGCAGACAGCAGCCGCAGCUCCUCUCCAGAGCCAGGGACACAGAGGCUCUCCCAAAACUUGGACGUCCCGUGUAAGAACAGCCCCCAGCCCAGCCAGGCCAGCGUCACCUCACAGGGCAAGGCAGACGUCCCAGCAAGCCCACGUGAGGUUGCACAGUACAUGCUGGGACUGGACUCAACAUUUACGACACCUGCAACUGCAGCGUUAUCCAGUGCAACACAAGGGUCCUCUCAGGAGGUGGAGCCCGGGUGUCAAAAUAACCUGAACAUGAAUCAGUCCAAUAAUAACCAGGGAGUCGGGCAGGGCCGGGCUCUGUGCCACUCACCAAAGAGAGUUCCUCGUGAGCUGAGCCUGACUGCACCAGCCCAGAAGAUCCUGUCCGGCCUGAAGCUGAGACGCAGCCAUUCAGGGAAGGACGAGCAGCUCUUUGUCUAAGCUCAGCUGGGACCAAAGAAAUCACCCUUCAUGAUGCAUUCAGAGUUAUACUGCAGCUUGGUUUCGAUUGAUCAACAUGAAAUGUAAAGACAGCUUCUAAAAUUAAGAUUCAUACAUCCUCACACUUUAUUGAACAGUUUUUUAUGAAUGACAUGCCAUUAUAUUUAUAUCCUCAACACAACAAGAUUCACGUCACGUCUCAGUGAGCUACCAGAAAGCUCCAGUUAAAUAUUUUCAGGUCUAAAAAUAGCAGGAGCAUCACUCUUGAAGGAAACACCCUUUGAAAGACCACUGAUGCUCACUGGGAUGCCUAGCCUUAUUAGCACUAAUCCUCCUUAGGAUUUUGAUCUGUUGACCAUCCAGUAGUCUAAUACCCAGAACAGACUGAAAUGGUAACUUAUUUAUACGUUUUGAAUAUUUGUAGUGGAUUUGAAUGCACCGAGCAGUUUUGAGGUUGCAGAUGAAGGAAUAUACAGAAGAAGUGCUCCAGUGUCUGCUAGUUGUGAGGGGUCUUGUCAGGAUUCGUCAUGCCAACCUUAAUGAACAACUGAUGAAAAAUCCCAAUGACCUCAGAAUUUUGUUAUGUCCUUUUUUUUUUUUUUUUUUCAAAAAAAUGU